AUAUCGAUGAGUGUGCCUUAAAGACCCACACCUGUUGGAACGAUUCAGCCUGUGUGAACCUGGCAGGAGGGUUUGAUUGCCUUUGUCCGUCCGGACCAUCUUGCACUGGAGACUGUCCCCAUGAAGGCGGCUUCAAGCGGAAUGGGCAGGUGUGGACCCUGAGGGAGGACAGAUGCUCCGUUUGUUCCUGCAAGGACGGGAGGAUUUUCUGCCGGAGGACAGCCUGCGACUGCGAGAACCCCAGCGCUGAUCUCUUCUGCUGCCCUGAGUGCGACACCCGUGUCACCAGCCAGUGCCUCGACCAAACUGGGCACAGGCUGUACCGCAGCGGGGACAACUGGACCUACAGCUGUCAGCAGUGCCGUUGCCUGGAGGGAGAGGUGGAUUGUUGGCCUCUUCUGUGCCCGAAUCUAAACUGCGAGUACACAGCCAUCUCGGAAGGAGAGUGCUGUCCCCACUGUGUCAGUGACCCCUGUCUGGCUGACAACAUCACCUACGACAUCAGGAAAACCUGUCUCGAUGGUUAUGGAAUUACAAGACUUAGCGGCGCUGUAUGGACAAUGGUGGGAUCUCCUUGUACAACCUGCAAAUGCAAGAAUGGGAACGUCUGCUGCUCGGUGGAUUUAGAGUGUCUCAACAAUAACUGACCUAGUCAGGCCGGACUGUGCCGAGGGAGGAAAACUGACGAAGUUAACACCUGAAAUGAAGUCGUAUGCGUUGGCAUUUUAUACAACAGACAAUUACCAAAGUCUCCGCAUGAGGAAGAUGUUUGGGAGUUGCCUUUGGGACCUAUCACUAUGCUCAUCCUUGCUAGCCUUGUCUGGGUGACUUACAGUGCAGCGCAUAUAAGUCGAUGGUUGUUAAAAGUUUUCAGUGUUGUAAAUUACACACUUUUCCUGUCGAGACAUUUGCAAAUAACGUUUAAAUUAUUUCACGGAUAAACUAAUGCUGUAUUUUUUGGUUUAAUUUGUGUAUUGACCACAUGAUAGAAUUCAGCUCUUCUUACUUUGGAUCUAGAUUUUACAAAUAAGACAGCCUGUUGUGAUUUUGUCCCAUGAUAUCACAUACUUAGUUCCAAGGUCCCUGUCAGAUGUAUUUAUGAAAAUAUGUAUGUAUGUACAGUCAAAUUGCAUAGUACUUAUAUUUCACAGC